AAAAGAAGGAUGGGUCGUAGUGUUGCGUAGUAGGAAUGUAAGUAGUAGGAAGGAAGGUUGUUUCAUUGGUAGUAGGAUUUGUUUUUUAAUCUUAUGAAAGGAAACAGUACGAUGACGAGUGACACCGGUAUAUGUUGUUACGUGCGUUGUGCGGGAACUUUAGUACGAAAUGUCAGGACUAAGAAUACGAUUAGUGACAAUGAAUUGUGAUCCUAGUAGUCGUCCUCGUUUGAGAACAGAAUUGUUGGGCGUUCAUUUCUUUUCUGGUUGUUUACAUUGGUACUCAAUAUCACUCUAUCAACACGGUCAACCGUGGAAUGGCAGCAGCCUUAAAAAAGAAUCAUUCACGUAGAAGGUUGGCCGCCCUAACAUUUCUUUCGAACAUCUCCCUCGAUGGCAGCCACCGUGAUACCAAGUUAGCCGUUCUUUCACGGAAUGGUGCUGCUCAUACUCGUACUCUCAGCGACAGUCAAACUCAUCAAGUUAAUGUACGUCAAACGGACUUGAAUAUUUCCAGUGAAGAAGUCCUUGAUGAUUGCACAGAAGAGCAGUUAAUACACUCAUCUGUAAAACAGAUCAGUUCUCCACAGCUAGUAUCAAAAAGUGGAGAACAUAAUUCAUUUAGUUCAAAUUCUGAUGGGAUAUUAACUCCUGCGAAGGCAGCAGCAGCUGUUUUUCUUGAACAAGAAAGAAAUUAUCCACCGCUGUCCACUGGCUUUCAUAGUUCAUUUAGAGAACGUACUGGCACAACUGGCAGUGAAUAUUCUUUACCUGAGAGGAGAGUAGGUUCUUUGCAAUACAAAAAGCGUAUAACUCAUCAAACAUCUACACUUUCUGAGGAUAUAAAACAUCAGUACAAUAGUUCCAAUGAGAGCAUUGGUUCUUUACGUUCUAAAUCACAAUCAACAAAGUCAAAAACAAAGGCAUCAACCAGUACACAAUCUGGAACAAAUAGCGGCAUUAUACCAGAAGUUACAAAAGAAUUGCGAUUAAUGCAACGUCCUGUAAAUGGAUACAAAUUUGGAGACGAUAGGCUAGUUUUGGUUUCUAAUAAACAUGUGCCAUUUUUAGUGUUUUCUGCUCUUCCAUAUAAUAAAGGACAAAGAUCUAGUUGGUCUGAAUUACGCAAAGAUACGAGUAGAAGAAAAAAUAUUUCUGCACAACGGCCGCUAUCAGCAAUUAAUGAUAAUAUUGAUCCCUUUGGGUUAUUGGGCAUAGAAAGAGCAAAAGAUGGCCAGGAAAUAUCUUAUGGACAACUGCUUGUUCCAUCUAGGCAAUUUCAGAAAGAUAAAAAAUUACAUUUUAGUGAAAACGAGGCAAUAGAACUUGUAUCUAACAAGCAUCCUGUAGUUUCAAGGACAAAAACUAUUACAUGGAAUGUGGAUCACUCAAAAUGGUGUUUAUCUUAUGAUACAGCCACACACCGCGCUCAGCAUUUAACACCUGAAUCUCCACCAUUGUCCUUUAAUGCAGAUUCUAAAGUGUAUGACUGGGAUGAACAGUCGCUGCAAUAUAAUCCCAAUUUAUUAGAUGACCCAGAACUUAUAGCUGGGAAGCAUAGAACAUUGCUUACAUUUACAUCAUAUAUGGCAUCAGUUAUCGAUUAUGUUCGACCAUCCGAUUUAAAAAAGGAAUUGAACGAUAAAUUUAAAGAAAAGUUUCCGCACAUUCAACUCACUUUAAGCAAAUUAAGAAGUUUAAAACGAGAGAUGAGGAAAAUAGCAAAAAUGGAAUAUGGGAUUGAUCUCCUGACAGUAGCAAUGGCUUAUGUAUAUUUUGAGAAACUUAUUCUUCGAAAUGUUGUUACCAAACAGACUCGAAAAUUAUGUGCUGGUGCAUGCUUACUUCUUGCAGCAAAAUUAAAUGAUGUCAAGGGUGAUGUUUUGAAAUCACUGAUAGAGAGAAUUGAAAGUGUGUUUAGGUUAAAUCGCAAGGAUUUGAUUACAUCUGAAUUUGCUGUUUUGGUGGCAUUAGAGUUUGGUUUGCACCUUCCAACAUGGGAAAUAUUUCCUCAUUAUCAAAGAUUGAUAUACGAAUCUUGACCUUCUUUUGCGAUGUUUUGUUUUAGAUAGAUACAAAAUUUUCUUUGCAAAGUCAAAAUUUUUGAAUAAUUAUGAAGAGUACAGUGCCUAAACCUUUAGGCAUUUUGGUAUUAAUAAAAAAACUUUUUAAUAAUAAAAAAGGUAUAAACAUAUGAACAACAAAGAAAUGGACUUGAAACUGAACAAAUAUAAUGAAAUUAUAAAAAAGAUUGUUAUUUUAUAAUAAGGUAAAAUAUAUCAAUAUUAGUAACAAACAUUUUUAUAGGUAAGGACUGUACGAAAAAAUAUCAACAUUUUCUUUAUAUCCAACUUAAACUCUUGUACUUACCAUGGUAAUGUUAUUCAACAAUUUGUAAAUUUGUAACUAACUUCAUUUUCUAUAAUGUUUAUAAUAGUACUUAGAAUAUUUGUACAAAUAGUAGCCAUUGGUAAAUUAUGUGUUAUAUUGAUAUAAAAAUAUCACAAAUUAUAAAGGAUACUUUUAAAAUGUUUCAAAUAUGUUUAAAUAUGUCAGUUGUAGUACUUAAUCAAGUUUUUUAUUUCAGUUUGGUUUUUGAAUGUGAUUAUAAAACUACAUGCAUA